UUCGUUGGACAUCAUGGAGGCAGGAGCGUUUUACCUGCUGCUGUUGGCUUUGACAGGGAUUUCAUCGACGCUUAGCUUUUAUGGAGAUAGCAUUACUUUCCAGCCUGCACAUAAGCAGAGGGAUGGGACGUACAAGGUGACUUUUCAUCACAGACAGAAUGGCAGAAGCAGCUGCCAGGACAAGCCAUUGCACACAUGUGAGAGUGAGGUUUGCACGAGCUUCGUAGAGUCCAGUUUCCUACAAACGGACCAGGAUGAUACGGGCCAGGGCAGGUGGUGCCAGUCUGAAAUGCACGCAACAGCAGCCGUCCGGAAGAAUCAAACAUCCUUCUCUCUGAACCAAUCAGGCUGCUGCUGGGGGUCUAAUGUGGACGGAAAAACUAAUUGGACGUCUGAGGCAGAGUUGGACCUUGGAAGUCGAUCUGACUCACACGCCCUCAACAGCUGCCCCUUAACGACAACGGUGUCUUCUUUACGGGUGCCUCAGAACUGCUUCUCACAGAUUCAUAUCCUGGCACACGACCCCGAUGGAGAUCACGUGAGAUGUCGCUUUAGUUCAGAUGCUGCAGCUCCAGCAAACUUCACUCUUGAUGAGAGUAAAUGCGUACUCAGUACUAAAGGUGAAGUGGAUGUUGGUGUCCACGUGUUCGAGCUGAUGCUGGAGGACUUCUCAAGGAAAAACAUCACUUUGACCUACGCAGACGGGACCUCCGUAUUUCGGGUGGGCUCCGACAUGAACUCCCCCCCUCUCUGCAAAGUGAAGCUGCAGUUCUCCAUGGAGAUUCUUCCUCCACUAUCAAGCUGUGAACAUGGCCGUGUGCAGCCCAUGUUCUUGUCUAAGACUCCUUCACAUGGUGAUGUUCUUCAUGCCACCAUGGGUCAGAAAUUCAAGCUUUAUGCUCAAGCAAAGGCUACAGAGGCCAGCAUAAAUGACUUCCAGGUCAGUGGCCCUCAGAACAUGACCAAAGAGUUCAAAGCUGGUGAGCAAGGAACAGCUGAGUUGAUUCUGAGCUGGACGCCACUGCACAGCGACCUGUACCGAAUCGUCCCGGUCUGCUUCACUGCAGAGACCAAUCAAAGCCAAUCAGAUAUGAGGUGUGUUGUUGUCCUGGUGACCCAAGCAGCUCUCAUUCAAGGGACAGCUACUGUUACUUGCUCACCAAACAAGAUGACAGUGGCUCUGGAUAAAUCUUCCAUGCCUGGCAUCGACGUCAACUUCCUUCAGUUGAUAGAUUCGUCAUGCUCUCUGACCUCCAACGGCACUCACAUCCUGGGCGUCAUGUCGUUCAGCACCUGCGGCACCAAACUUCUGGACAAAGGGGACUUUCUGGUUUUCGCAAAUGAGAUUCUGUCCUACGAGCUUCCCAGCGAGGUUAUUAUCCGCAGGAAGGCCGUUAAAAUCGAUAUCUCUUGCCAGUUUCCAAAAACCGUCAGCAUCUCCAGCUACUACAACCUCCAGAAGUCUAAAUACAUUUUCACAGAGUCCAACUUCGGCAGUUUUGGAUACACUUUUGAGAUAUACAAUGACAACAACUUUACAAGUAAGGUGGAAGCCAGCAACUAUCCAGUGGAAGUCAUGCUGUUGGAUACAAUUUACAUGGGCAUUCAGGCAGAUUCGGAACUACCAAGCGUGACCUUGUUUGUUGAAUCAUGCAAAGCCACUCCUAAUAACAACCCCGAAAAUUUCCUCUCCUAUGACCUCGUCAAGAACGGGUGUCUUAAGGAUGAGACAGUUGUGGUCUACCCAUCCAAUCAAAAAACCUACAACUUUGAAGUUCAAGCCUUCAAAUUCAGUGGAAACUAUGAACAGGUGUACAUCACCUGCUCCGUCAUCCUGUGUGAGCCUGGGAAUCCCUAUUCAAGAUGUGCCCAGGGCUGUCUGUCAGAUCCAUCCCGCAGACGCAGGAGAUCGCUUGUCAAGGAGACAUUCAGCCACUCAAUUACCCAGGGUCCUUUCCGGUUUAUCGGGCACGCUGAUCCCAUUGCAGCCAUGGAUCAAAACCUUGCUGUGGUUAAAAAGAGUCCAGCCAUGGAUGUUAAACCUAGUGUGAUGACGAAGGGCCGCCCAACUGCUGAAGUGAUUGUACCAUCAGUUCUUCUGGAAGACACUGAAUCCAGCUCAGGAAGAUGGGGAAUCGAGGAGAUCCUCAGUGCCAAUAUCAGCACCUUGGUCUUUGCCAGCGCCUUCUUUGUAUCCAUGGCGAUGUUAGUUGCGGUUGUUGUUUACUUCACAAGGAAGAGAAAUGAAGAAGACUGCAAAGUUCUCUUAAAUUCUAGCUAUGAUAACUAAACCCAAAUAAUCUCAGUUCUACACUGCAUGUUAAUUCUUUAUUGUUCUACGUACCACAGGCUUCAAAAAAUUGCAACCCUAUCCUUUAAAGAGUUACUCUUUUGAGGCUGAUAAAAAUUAAAUAGAAUAGAACACCAUGUUGAUCUUGGAACAAUAGGCUCAGCUAUCUCGCUUUCUAUCUAGCUUUCUCUUAUGUUGCAGGUCUUCGACCACUCCCAAUUUCUUUUCUAAACCAGUUUUAGGGUAGGGCACAACUUAAAAAUACUGGACUGCUGUCAAAACAGAAUUCCAUUCAGUCUGGUUUUGCUGGAUUAUUUUCCGUUGCCACUGUCUUGUUGUCAACUUCAUGGGAAAAGGUUUCCAGUCAUUUACUUAAGUUGUUUUAGAGUUGUUAUGGUUAAGUAAGAAUUAGCAGGAAUAGUUAACAGUUGAUACAGUGAUACUUGAAUGUGUGGGAAUUUGGGAUUUAUAUAUUUUACUUCUUUAGGACCCAAACAAGAAUCUGUCAUUUCAUAUCUUACAUUAACUUGAAGUACAUUAUACACAUUUUUACUCUAAGUGAUGUACAUUAAAGACCAGUUGUUUAGACUUAGGCACAUUUGUAUCAAGAUUUGCCUUUAAAAAUACAAAACAAAUGUACCAAAAACAGUGUAAUAAUCUUUAGCUUGAUAAUAUGUUGCAGUAUAUGACAUACAGUAAUGAGAUGACUUUUCAUAGACAUUUAGAUUCUGUCAGUGAACUCUCUCAAUAGACCAAUACAGCUAUAUCUUUAACGGUGAAAUCAUAUGUUUGUAUUAUCAAAAUGGGCUUUUAUUUACAAUAAACGGGAAAAUCUGCAUUA